AUCUUGAUUAAUUAUAAAUUCUGCAAAUUUGUUUUAUUUGAAUAUUUGAAAUUUAUUUUUAAAAUGAGCAAACUAUUUGUAUGCAUUGUAUUUGUCGUGAGCAGUUACUUGCUCAAUUGUGUUUGUGAUGAUAACUUGGAGUUUGAGAAGUUUGUAUGACUACUGUGUGUCCAAUAAGACGGACACAUCUAUUGUGGAUAAAGUGAUUGAAUGCGAACACAACGAAACCAAAUCAACCGAAAAGAUUGCGUUGGAAAACAAAUUCAAAGAAUAUUUGAAGGAUUGCUUUAAGAAAGCCGAUGUGAGCGCCUACACCAAAGUGGACCUGGAUAAUAAUGAACGCAAGCUGGUGUUGACACUAUAUUGCGAUCAAAAGUUUUUAGAAUGUGGUGCACAAGAGUUUAAGAAUAACCAAGCUUUUAGAGACCUCCAAGUACAGAUUAAUAAGUUGGAAAACAAAACUGAGCACGAGAUAUAUGAUUUGGAAAACAAAACUGAGCAGGAGAUAUAUGAUAAGUGUCUUAUGAAUAUUUUCAAAAAGUAAUAUCAACGAUAAUUAACCCGAACAAA